GACGAGGAGGGGCAAACUAGAAAACUAACGGCGGCCGGUGGAAGAGAGAGAGCCAGCCCCGCGCCGCUGCCCAUCAUCGUCCACCGAUUUGUUUCCUUCUUCCCCCGUCAAUUCUAUUGCUUAUUUACUCCUCCACUUCGUCCCUCCAGAUCAUCAGAGGGCCACCGGAAUAAUCUAUCCCGGUGGCGGUGAUAAACAAAACACAAAGUAUCUUCCCUGUCUGCCAUCGCCAGCUCGCCCCCUCCUCAUCUUCUAGUUCUUCCUCCUCGCGCAGCAGAGGGAGGCAGAGAGGGAUUCAUGGAGCUGGGGAGCCACCACCUGGCGGCGCACAGCUGCAGCUACACCACCACCUACACCCACUGCUCCGUCGGCUUCUCCCCGCGGGUCCGCGCCGGCGCCCGGAUCCGCGCGGCGGCCGAGGGCGGCGACGGCGGCGGCGACCGGCGCCGGAGGGGUGCCAGCCUCGCCGCCGAUGGCCCCAGGGUCGUCGAGGUCACCGCGGCCCCCGUCGCCGGCGGGGCGGCCGGGGCGGCCGGGAGCGCGGGGUUCCGGGCCCGGGACGCCGAGCUCGCCAUGUGGGACAAGCUCGGGGCAGUCGUCAGGCUCAGCUAUGGCAUUGGGAUUUACGGUGCCAUGGCGCUCACCGGGAGAUUCAUAUGCCAAAUGGCCGGGAUAGACUGCACGGGGGGCUUCCACCCGUCGCUCACGGCGCUCGUCGAGGGGCUUGGCUAUGCAGCUCCGCCAAUCAUGGCUCUGCUGUUCAUCCUCGAUGAUGAAGUAGUCAAAUAUUCGCCUCAUGCGCGCGCCAUCAGAGAUGUGGAGGAUGAGGAGCUUCGCAGCUUCUUCUACGGCAUGUCACCAUGGCAGUUCAUGCUCGUCGUGACUGCUAGUUCAAUUGGUGAGGAGCUGUUCUACCGAGCAGCUAUCCAGGGAGCAUUGGCUGAUAUUUUCUUGAGAAGCACGGAGCUCAUGAAAGACGCUCGAGGGAUUGCAUCCCUGAGUGGAAUUGUUCCUCCUUUGGUUCCAUUUGCUCAAACAUUCGCGGCAGUCAUCACUGCAGCCCUCACAGGAUCCCUCUACUAUAUCGCCACCGCUCCGAAAGAUCCUACGUAUGUGGUGACACCAGCCACGCGUUCACGCUCAGGGCGGGAGAACCUCAAGAAACUAUUUGCAGCUUGGUACGAGAGAAGGCAAAUGAGGAAGAUAUACUCCCCGCUUCUAGAAGGGAUCUUGGCUUUCUACCUUGGCCUCGAGUGGAUCCAGACCGACAAUAUCCUGGCACCUAUGAUCACCCACGGCAUAUACUCCGCCGUUGUCCUUGGCCAUGGGCUCUGGAAAAUCCACGACCACAGGAGGAGGCUACGGCAGCGGAUUCAGCAGGUGAGAAGCCAAGGGAAAAGUUCAGGCACGUUGUAACUGCAGCGUUGCGUAUGAUCGACCGAUCGAUCUCAAUCAGAAGACCAAGCGUCUGACAAGUUUUGAUCCGGAUAACCAGCAUAGGUAAUUAAGAUAGGUACAAGAUUGAGGGAAAAUAUAUAUGCUCAUGUAAUGUAGAUAAAGUCUGUACAUAUGCUGAUAGAUAUGCAGGAUGAAUCAAUAUGGUAGGAAGUAGUAUAGUGUACGACUCCAAGUGUGUACUCCUAUUGCAUAUGCAAGGGAAAUAGAUAGUCCAAUCUAUUUCUUUUUUUUUUUGUCCCUCGCA